CAUACCCAACCUGAGUCAAAACCAAAGUCUCGCUCGUCAGCAAUAAACGCGGUUUGGAGUUCACUGCCCGCCUUUUUUUUUGUUUCUUAAAAACACGAGGCGUAAACAGCCAGUUGUCAUCGCGUUGCCGGUUCGACUUAGUCACUUGCCCACCCCUAAAUCUCCCAUCUCUCAAGCGUAUUUCCUGAAGGGAAGACAGAAACACAAAAGGGGAAAACCGGCCACAUUAUCAUUUCACGUUGGAAGGUGUUUCCGAAUCCUGCAGACGAAAAGAAAGUAAAGAGACGACUGGUGGAUUUCGGUUCCGAGACCAGGUUCGUUCUGCAUCUGGACACCCCGUGGGACGAGCGCAGCUGCUCUAGCACGCGAAUCCACGCACGUAGACCACCUUUCAAACAAACUUGGAUGUCCAAAACAUUCCAAAGCAAGCUUAAGAAGACGGCACAAUUUGAUAAGAUAAUCAGAUCAACUAACGUCAUCUAUAUAGCGUGCACUGAUAUCGCAAAACCAAAGCUCAGUUUAUACCGGCGCGAUUACUAAUAAAACUGAGAAAAUCAGACUCCGUUUUCACGGGAGAGUUGCUCCCAAUCAGAGUCCAGCUGCCACACAUUUCGAACCAAUCUCUAUAACUUGACUGGAAGCCCAUUGGAUGAGGAUGGCUGUGUUACACUCGUCGGUCAUUCUGAGGUGUUUAGCCCGGUUACUUCAGGGAAGUUUCGUCUCGCUGGUUCUGGUCGCCCUCGCCUGGGCUCUGCUUCAGUACAAUUCACGAGGUAUGAAGCGUCUCCCCCACGGUCCCACCGGCUUACCCCUCCUGGGCUACAUCCCCUUCCUGGGCCGCAAACCCUACCUGACAUUCACCCGUCUGGCCCGGCGCUACGGCAGCGUGUUCAGCGUGCAGCUGGGUGCCAAGCUCCUGGUGGUACUCAACGGACGGAAGGCCAUCAGGGAGGCGUUCGUGACCAAGAGCCGGGCGUUCUCCGGACGGCCGCGGUGGGUGCUGAAUCGGGUCAACCAGGGGAAAGGAAUCGCCAACCAGCAGGCCAAUCCAACGUGGCGGGAACACCGUCGUUUCGUACUGUCGGUCAUGCGCAGUAUCGGUGAAGGCCGUACUCAGAUGGAAAACAAGGUAGCGGAGGAGGUGUCCCAUCUUAUCGCCGAGUUCUCAUCCCACCACGGCAAGGCGAUGGACAUGACCUACCCAGUCCAGCUAGCCUUCAGUAACGUCAUCUGUUCGGUGUGCUUCGGUCAGCGCUACCAACCCAACGAUCCGGACUUCAAGCGUCUCCUGCACAUGGCGGAUGUCUUCUUCAGUCACCUGACCAGCGCAAGCGCCGCGAACUUUAUCCCGCUGCUCUGGUACCUCCCCUUACCCGGUCACCGGGCGGUCCAAGAGACGUACGCCGGGAUUUUGGACUUCGUCUCGGCCAGGGUCGAGGAGCACAAGGCUAACUUGGACCCGGACUCCCCGCGAGAUCUCAUUGAUAUCUACCUGAUUGAGAUAGCCAAGCGCAGAGCUGAGUCCCCCGAUCUACCAACAGAAAACGGUUUCACGGAGGAUUACGUCCAGCACGUGGUGGCAGACUUGUUCUUUGGCGGCACUGAGACGGUCAACGCGGGUGUGUUGUGGGGCUUCGUGUGCAUGGUCAUGUAUCCGGACAUUCAGACUCGUGUGCAGGAGGAACUGGAUGAAGUGGUUGGACAGAACCGCGCGCCUACAAUGGCAGAUCGAGCUCAUCUGCCUUACACACAAGCCACACUCCAAGAGAUCAACCGGCGCUGUAACGUCAUCCCCUGUGCCAUACCACACGUGACAACGGAAGACGUUGAAAUGAACGGCUUCAUCCUACCCAAAGGGACCACCGUCACGGCCAAUCUGUACUCGGCCCACAUGGACCCUGUGUACUGGCGGGAGCCGGAGCGAUUUGACCCCACGCGAUUCUUGGACGAGACCGGGACACUCAUCAAGGGGAACGAUUCCUACAUGCCCUUCUCUUUAGGUCCCCGUGCGUGUCUCGGGGAGCAGUUAGCCAAGUGUGAGAUGUUCCUGACGUUCACCGGAAUCCUGCAGAAGUUCCGUCUUGAGUUGCCUGAGGGAGGGGCGCCGCCUACGCUGGAUGGCUUGCCGGGAAUCACACACGCGCCCAGGGCGACCAAAAUCAGACCAGUACCGAGAGAUUAGUCAGAUUACCAAAGAAACUAUAGGUUUAUAACUGCAUUGACAUUAGUGUUACUGCCUGAUAGUAAUUUGGACGUCGCGGUGACCUAGUUCACGUUCACUUUGCGUAGUGUCAGUAGCAGCGCUUGAACCAUAUUUUGCGUCCCCGUUAGGAGCGUAUAGCGCCCUCUGUUGGUGUUAUCUUGAAGUUUUACAUGAUUCACUUUUUUUUAACCGGGGUGAGGCAGCUAUUUAUUGUAAGACCUUCCCGAGGACCUACUGUAGGUUUUAACGGACAUUAUUGUUGUUGUUUGAUCAGUAUAUUUAUUAUAAACUACAUGAAAUAAAGACGUGUACGUAAUUCUUUCUGCGAUUAUGUAAUUAACUUUUUUAAUUUUUAAAGAAUUUACUAGGUCUGUAAAUAAGUAUCCUUGUAUGAGGGGAAAUAUGUAUUUAUGGGUCACUAAGGGACUAAUUUUUUUCGGCAUAUGUGAAAUAGGUCAACAAUAUUGAGGAAAUUAA